AUGGGUAUCGCUAACGAACAAUCCCUAGCUCCUCCUCAAGAGCAGCAGAGCUAUUUCGCUCCUCCGACCUCACAUACACCUCCAGCCAACGCACAGCACUAUCCACCUCCGCCAGCUGCCGAUCAACAUGACGGCGUAAGGAGCUCCUCUUACUCAGCAGCUCCCCAACCUCCGCCAUCACCACAACAGCACUUCGCUCCUCCGCCAGAGAACAAUCGUUUCUCGUACAGCGCUGCUCCACAGCCUAUUCAAACACAGUUCGUAUCUCCUCCAGCAUCGCCACCUCCACCUGCUGCCAACGUAGGUGCACACGAGUACGAGCCAAGUCCUGUCUCGCCACAGCAACAAACCCUCCCUUACUACCCCGGUCCUCCUCAGAACACUCAGCCUACCAUGGAGAGAGCAAAGGAGCCUGCCAGACCUCCGCUCAAUACUUCGCUGACGAGCAAUCUGGCUGGCGGUGCACCACCUCAGACACACUUUGUCGGAGCAGGCGCAACUGUCGACGACGUGGGCACCUUCAAUGGAGGAAGCUACAGAAUCAGCCACAGAGACACGAAUACUAUUCUCACAUUGCAACUUGCUAUGGGCUGUCCCUUGACCGUCAAACCAGGAGCCAUGAUCGCCAUGUCCCCGACCAUGACCUUGCAAGGUGCGAUUAAGUUCUCCUUCAAGAAAUUGGUCGCCGGUGGUCAUAUGGCUUCAUCAACCUUCACCGGUCCUGGCGAACUUUUGCUCGCACCAGCCUCUCUUGGUGACAUUACCAACAUCCGACUCACAGGAGAAGAGACGUGGAACGUAGGCAAAGAUGCUUUCCUGGCUUGUACUCAGGGUAAGCUGUGCAACAUCUUAUACGAUGUCAACUCUCUUACUGAAACCAAUCAUANNGGUGUCGUCAAGGAUUACAAGGCUCAAGGACUCAGCAAGGCCAUGUUUUCUGGUGAAGGCUUCUUCGUCUACAAAGUCUCCGGCAUAGGUAUCCUAUGGAUCAGCAGCUUGGGUGCCAUCAUCCGAAAAGACCUUCAACCAGGUGAAAAGUACAUCAUCGACAAUGGCCACCUGGUUGCAUGGAACGCCAAGUACGUCCUAGAACGUAUUGCGAGCGGUGGGAUAAUGUCCAAUCUGAGUGCCAGCGAGGGCUUGGUCUGCAAGUUCACAGGCCCUGGCACUAUCUUCAUGCAGACUCGAAACCCUGUCGAGUUUGCGACCUGGUUGUCGACCGAGGGUAGGGUCAAAGGAUAG